CACGCGCAUCUGCGGGAAUGGAGUGAACGGAGGGCGUUUAUUGGGUUGGAUACUGCAAAGAAAGGUCACAUCUGCAGACUGAACUCGGAUAUUGUUGAAAACUGCAGAAUAACUAAAAUAAACAUGGAUUUUAAGGAGGAGGUCAGUGACUCUGAUAGCGGGAUCAUUUUGAACUCUGGCCCAGACAGUCCCACGUCUCCAGUAAAGGACCUGAGCACUCACACACGUGCCAUGAGGCUGAAGCAGCAGGCCCUUGAGGACAGACUGGAGCUUUGUGUCCUGGAGCUAAAGAAACUCUGCAUUAGGGAGGCUGAGCUGACUGGAAAGCUGCCCUCCGAUUACCCUCUCCUGCCUGACGAGAAGCCUCCGCAGGUCCGGCGACGCAUCGGAACUGCUUUCAAACUGGAUGAGGGUUUUAUUUCACAAGAUGGCGAGGAGUCUGAGCUGCACGCGCUCGAGGCUGAUCUCGCUCUGCAGCGGCAGAUUUAUGAGGCAGCCCGAAAGCUCUCCCUCGAGGAGCACAUCAGCAAACUGGUGAGGAAAAGCCGACUGCAGCAGUGUAAACGUGAAGAGAAGAAACUGAAAGAAAUGCAGGAUACGAUACUGAAACACCGCAUCAACCACGGCUGUGUCUCUCCACAGACCUGCUAUUCUUCCAGGCAGAGAGAUCUUUGUAUGUCUGAUGACAGCUCGAUGUCAGACGCUGUUGCCUUGGAUGAUGACUCAGACUCUGCUCACUUUUCUCUGGCCCUUCUGGGGUCUUCCGCGGACAGCGGUUUCCAGUGUUUGACUCUCUUGCCCAAUAACGGCCCAAAGCAAUCAAGCUCCAGUUCCAGUCUGGACUAUGAUGCCUCUCCAAUCCAGAACUCUGCAUGGAAGGAAUCCAGCUUGGACCAGCCCUACCAGAAACAAAAACCUUCUCACUCUGCCUGCAGCAGCCGCUCAAGCAGCAGUCCAACAAGCUCACCAACAGACACAAGAAUGGCAGAACUUCCUCCAGCUCCCCAGUUUGUGUUUAAGAGUCUGCCAGUGCGAAACAAUCAGCCAAACAGCGCCCCCUCCACCCCAGAGCUGCCACUGCGCCGACAGUUCUCACAGUCCUUCAGGCUUCCCAGAAGCAAACCAGAAUUGACCAAAGCCAGCUCAGACCUGGGACAGGGGCGGACCAAGUUACCACGUCGACGAGUGACAGAUUUUGCACUGGCCUACUCAGUUCAACGUUUAUAUCAGUGCAGCUCUGAAGACAGCAGCUCCGAGCUUUCCAUUUCUUCAUAUAGCAGUUCCUCCAGCCGAGAGACAACCACCGAAGCACCCAAACCCUGCCCGCCUCCAUACGGCUACCACCGCUCCGCUCCAAAUAAAGGACCGGGCCAGCUCAACACCCACAGUACACUCAAAAACAACAACAACAACAACAACCCACCUCACCUCAUGCCCAAACCCAAUCAAGUGAAGAUUAGCAAUGGGACACCACUUCAGGUGAACAUAGGGAGGCUGCAACUCGGACCGAAUUCACAAUCUGAUAGAGAACUUUACAUUUCACAAACUAUUGUUUUUAAUGUGUCAAAAAAAACCGUUUAA